GUCCAGCAACAACAGACACUCACACCAUCAGACCUGACAGAGCAGCACAAGAGAAGACCUACUGCAGAACUGAGCUCCAUGAGGAAGCAGAUUUAAAUCUCACACUCUGAAACAGAAACUUGGACACCAUGGCCUCCACCCUCUCUGUGCGCAGCUACUCGGUGCGCCAGCCAUCCUUCUCCAGCAUGUCUGUUAGGGACAGUGGACGCAGCAUCCGCUCCAAGCCUCCCGUGUCCAUCAGUACACUGUCUCUCUCCCGCUCCGUCUCAAUGGGCAAUGGCCUCAACAUGCUGGGCUCCAGCCUCUCCUUCAACGGUCUUGGUGUCUCUGCCAGCGAGAAGGAAACCAUGCAGUGUCUGAAUGACCGGCUAGCCAACUACCUGGAUAAGGUGCGCUCUCUGGAGAGGUCCAACGCUGAGCUGGAGGUGAAGAUCAAGCAGCUCAUGCUGGACAGGGCUCCAAAGGGGCAUGACAUCGAGGGGAUGAUGGCCCAGGCACAUGCCAUAGGGCAGGAGGUGAGAAAGAAGACACUGGAGAACGCCCGAAUCAUGCUGGAGAUUGAUAAUGCCAAGCUGGCGGCCGAUGACUUCAGGGUCAAAUGGGAGGCCGAGGCCACCUUGUGCCAGUCAGUAGAGAGAGACUGUCAGGCUCUGAGGAGGGCAAAGUCUGACCAUGACCAGAUUAUCGCAACUCUGCGAGGAGACCUGGACAGCCUGAAGGAGGAGCUCUACUUCCUCAAGAAGAAUCACGACGAGGAGAUGAACUCUCUGAAGUCACGUCUGGUCAACGAGCAGGUGAAUGUGGAGGUGGAUGCAGCUCAGGGUCCUGAUCUGGGGGCCAUCAUGGCUGAGUUGAGGGUCCAGUAUGAGAGCAUCACUCGCAAGAACAAGGAGGAGGCUGAGGUCUGGUACCUCAAGAAGUUAGAAGCUGUGCAAUCGGAGGUUAAAGAAAGCAACGAGGCUCUUCGUUGUGCCCAAAAUGAGCUCAGUGAGAGACGACGUUUCCUGCAGGCUCUGGAGGUCGAACUCGACAGUCUUCGGAAGCAGGUAGCUGUGUUGGAAGGAAACCUGGGAGAAACGGGGCAUAAGUACUCUGUGGAGAUGGACCGUCUUCAGGCCACACUGACCCAGCUGGAGGAUGAGCUGUCUCAGCUGCGUUUGGACAUGCAACGCAACAAGACCGACUACGAACAGCUGCUGCGCAUCAAACAGAACCUGGAGAUGGAAAUCGCCACCUAUCGGAGGCUGCUGGAAGGAGAGGAAAUGGUUAAAGAAACACCUCCACCUCCUAAAAAAGACCCUGAAGUCAGGACCAGGAAGAUUGUUAAAGUCGUGACCCAGACCAUGAUCAAUGGCAAGGUGGUAGAUGAGUCCAGUGAGGUGGAGCAGAUAGAGGAGCGCAAAAAAUAAGCCAAAAUAUGUGUAGAGACGGAGCAGUAAUGUGUCUAAAACCCAAAGGGCCCGCUGGCUGUGGAUCAAAUCUCACCUUCUUGUUUUGUCUUCUUUAGUUUGUAUCAUUUUCUAAUGCCUUAAGCUUGCCAAAAAACACACUAAAUUCUUUACAGCAACAUGAUAUAUUUCUGUACAUAUGAUCACUAAAAUGGAAACAGAGACUUAUAAUGGUGAUAUAAGGAUCCUCUGAAAUGAAUAUUCUGUUUAAAAAUACUCCAAAGAAAUACAUGGAGAUUGUGCUGCAACUUAACGAAACAUAUCACACUGUGGAAUUAAUAACAACCUCAUUUGACCCAACAAAAAAUCAUAACUCAAUGUUCACUUAUUAGCUUUUUUCAGGGCUUUUAACCACAUUCCCCAGAAGAUGGAGUUUGUCAUCAAAAUGUAAAUAGCUAAUAGCUAUAGAUUUUUUUGUCAAAUGACUGUUUUCAAGAUCAGGAACGAGCUUUCACACUUCUAAACCUCCAUUCAAUUUAAAGGAAAAGUAAUUUUUAGGUAAAUGCAGUUAUUUUCUUUCUUGCCAAGAGUUAGAUGAUAAGAUUGAUACCACGCUCUUGUCUUUAUGGGAAAUAUGAAUGUACAGCUAAUAGUUGAUUAGCUUAGCUUAGCAUAAAGACCAGAAACAAGGGUAAACUGUUAGUCUGACUUUGUCUAACAGUAACAAACUCUGCCUACCAGCACCUCCCAAAAUGUCAACUGAUUUCCUUGAAUAUUGAUUGAAGACAUUUUUGUGAGAUUUCCGAAAAUGUAAUGAAUUGAAGUCUUAACUUUAUGCAAAUGCUUUCUAGAAAAUGUCUUGAUUCUGCAACAGUAUAUAUUGUAUGUGCAUGAUAGUUUCACUGUUAAAUAGUAAUGGGAGUAUUGUAAUGUCCUGUAGUUUUAUGAUAUAAACAAAUCUACCAAAGCAGAUGUACGGUCUCAAUAAACAACAGUGUUUAAAAA